AACCCAUCUCCAUCACCAUCUCUCAAUUAACAACAAUAUCAAUUAGAAUAAUAAUAGAAAAAGAAGGUGCUCUUGGAUCCAGAUCUUCUGCUUUUCUUCUAUAAACAAAACAUGGGGUUCCCCCCUCUACAAUCCCAAAACAGAUCACCUGUUCUCUUCUCUCAGCAAUGCCUGCAACUCUAAGGAAUCUCUUGCUUUCUCCCAAUAUCUUCUCCUUCUCCUUUACCUUCCUUCUCUCAAUAAACUCUCUUUUCUUCUCCUGUUGUUUCUCCAUUGAUGAACAGGGCCAAGCUCUUUUAACAUGGAAGAACGGUUUAAACAGCUCUACAGAUGUGCUGAGGUCAUGGAAUCCUUCAGACCCCAGUCCAUGCAACUGGUUUGGGGUUCAUUGCAACCCAAAUGGAGAAGUAGUUCAGAUAAGCUUGAGAUCAGUAGACUUGCAGGGCCCAUUGCCUUCAAAUUUUCAGUCUCUCAAUUCCUUGAAGAGCCUUAUCCUCCCAUCAGCCAAUCUCACCGGCACAAUUCCAAAAGAGUUUGGAGAAUACCGUGAACUGGCUCUCAUCGAUCUUAGCGGCAAUUCAAUCACAGGCGAAAUCCCAGAGGAGAUUUGCAGGCUGAGCAAACUGCAAAGUUUAUCCCUUAAUACAAAUUUUCUGGAAGGGGAAAUUCCUUCCAACAUUGGGAACCUCUCAAGUCUUGUGUACCUGACACUAUACGACAAUCAACUGAGUGGCGAAAUUCCAAAGAGUAUUGGAGAAUUAACCAAGCUAGAAGUUUUCCGAGCUGGUGGUAAUCAAAAUCUCAAAGGUGAGCUACCAUGGGAGAUUGGAAACUGCACAAACUUGGUUAUGAUAGGCCUUGCAGAGACCAGCAUUUCUGGAAGUCUUCCUUUUUCAAUUGGGAUGCUGAAGAGAAUCCAAACCAUUGCCAUUUAUACUGCUCUAUUGUCGGGUCCCAUCCCACAAGAGAUUGGAAACUGCAGUGAGUUGCAGAAUCUGUACUUGUAUCAGAAUUCCAUCUCCGGUCCAAUCCCCAGGGGAAUUGGGGAGCUUGCAAAGCUUCGGAGUCUACUGUUGUGGCAGAACAGCUUUGUGGGUACAAUACCAUCUGAAAUAGGAGCCUGCUCUGAGCUCACAGUGAUUGACUUAUCGGAGAAUCUUCUGUCAGGCAGCAUACCAGGAAGUUUUGGAAACCUUCUGAAGCUUCGGGAACUUCAACUGAGCGUUAAUCAGUUAUCAGGCUUCAUACCUUCUGAAAUCACAAACUGCACAGCUCUGAAUCAUCUUGAAGUUGACAACAACGACAUUUCUGGUGAGAUUCCGGUUCUUAUCGGCAACUUGAAGAGCUUGACUCUGCUCUUCGCUUGGCAGAAUAAGCUUACAGGCAGUAUUCCAGAGAGCCUUUCCAAUUGUGAGAAUCUUCAGGCCCUUGAUCUGUCAUACAAUCACCUCUCUGGUUCAAUCCCAAAACAGAUUUUUGGAUUGAAAAACCUCACCAAGGUGCUGCUGCUUUCAAAUGAGCUAUCAGGCUUUAUACCGCCUGAUAUCGGAAACUGCACAAAUUUGUAUAGGUUCCGGCUUAAUGACAAUAGGCUGGCAGGUACUAUUCCAUCGGAGAUUGGAAAUUUGAAGAGUCUGAAUUUCCUGGACAUGAGCAACAACCAUCUCAUUGGGGGAAUUCCUCCAUCAAUUUCAGGAUGCCAAAACCUUGAGUUUCUUGAUCUUCACUCAAAUGGGCUCACUAGUUCUGUGCCUGAUACGCUGCCCAUAAGCCUACAGCUUGUGGACGUAUCAGACAAUAUGCUUACAGGUCCGCUGACUCCGUACAUUGGGUCACUAGUUGAACUAACCAAACUCAACCUGGGGAAGAAUCGAUUUUCGGGGACAAUCCCAGCUGAGAUCCUUUCCUGCAGUAAGCUACAAUUGUUAGAUCUCGGAAACAAUGGCUUCUCCGGUGAAAUUCCGAAGGAAUUGGGUCAACUUCCAGCGCUGGAAAUCUCUCUCAACCUUAGCUGCAACCAGCUUACAGGCGGAAUCCCAAGCCAGUUCUCUAGUCUUAGCAAGCUGGGGGUCCUUGAUCUCUCUCAUAACAAGCUCACUGGGAAUUUGAAUAUCCUCACGAGCCUCCAAAAUCUAGUUUUCCUCAAUGUCUCCUAUAAUGACUUCUCCGGUGAACUGCCUGAUACCCCAUUCUUUCGGAACCUCCCCAUGAGUGACCUUGCUGGAAAUCGAGCUCUCUACUUCUCCAAUGGGGUUGUGGCCCGGGCCGACAGCAUAGGCCGUGGCGGGCACACCAAGUCGGCAAUGAAGCUGGCCAUGUCCAUCCUCGUUAGCGCCAGUGCAGUACUGGUACUGCUUGCAAUUUACAUGCUAGUUCGUGCCCGUGUCGCCAACAGGCUCUUAGAAAAUGAUACUUGGGAUAUGACUUUGUACCAGAAGCUGGAUUUCUCCAUUGAUGACAUAAUCCGGAACCUAACAUCAGCUAAUGUGAUCGGGACGGGAAGCUCUGGAGUGGUCUACAGGGUGGCAAUUCCAGAUGGACAAACACUCGCAGUGAAGAAGAUGUGGUCAUCAGAAGAGUCGGGAGCAUUCAGUUCUGAAAUUCGGACACUGGGCUCGAUCCGGCACCGGAAUAUUGUGAGACUUCUGGGAUGGGGAUCAAACCGGAGCCUGAAACUGCUGUUCUACGAUUACCUUCCCAAUGGAAGCUUGAGCUCGCUCCUUCAUGGUGCGGGAAAGGGAGGGCCAGACUGGGAGGCAAGGUAUGAUGUUGUGCUGGACGUGGCACACGCCGUUGCUUAUUUGCACCAUGACUGUGUGCCUGCAAUCUUGCAUGGGGAUGUGAAAGCCAUGAACGUGUUGUUGGGCCCUAAGCUUGAAGCUUAUCUUGCUGAUUUUGGGCUGGCUAGGGUUGUCAAUAACAGUGGUGAGGAUGAUUUCUCCAAAAUGGGCCAGAGACCUCACCUUGCUGGUUCUUAUGGAUACAUGGCUCCUGAACAUGCUUCAAUGCAACGUAUCACAGAGAAGAGCGAUGUUUACAGUUUUGGUGUGGUUCUUCUGGAGGUUUUGACAGGAAGGCAUCCCUUAGACCCAACCUUGCCUGGGGGUGCACACUUGGUUCAGUGGGUUCGUGAUCAUUUGUCGAAAAAGCUGGACCCAGUUGACAUUCUUGAUCCAAAGCUUAGGGGGAGGGCUGACCCUCAGAUGCAUGAAAUGCUCCAAACGCUAGCAGUUUCAUUUCUCUGUAUCAGCACCCGAGCCGAGGAUCGUCCAAUGAUGAAGGAUGUUGUGGCAAUGCUCAAGGAAAUUCGACAAGUCGAUGCUCUAAGGGCAGAGACUGACUUGUUGAAGGGGGAUUUGUCGACUCUACCUUCAUCUCCUCCUACUCACAACAUGGUUCUGCAAGGAUCCUCUAACUGUUCCUUUGCUUUCUCUGAUGAGUCAGUCUGAUAGGGGUCUUUAGAAGGUCACACUUCACAAUAUUUGCAUAUAUUCUAUUGAAGAAUCCCUUAGAGCAGGGAAGAUAUGUUACAGGAGAAUUGCUAUGUUAAGAGGCAUAAUUUCUACUUUAUCAGGUUCAUAUAGAUUGAAGUAAUUAGUUCUUGGCGUAGGUUCAAUUGAACAGUAGAUCAACUAGUGUAACAAAAAUGGCAGACGCUUGAGUGUGUCAUUUUUGCUCGUUGGGUGAGGAUGGAUGACUUGGUAAAACUUCUUCAAUAGUUAUGACAGUGCAGGUGAGGGAGAUCAUGAAAUGGGUUGUCACUUCACUGUAUUUUGAGGGUAAGAGAGUGACUGUAGGGUGGAGCUGGAGCUAGAACAAUGAUUGGUUGUUUGGAUUUAUGUAGUUAGAAUUUAUUGCAAGGAAUGAGAUUCUCUCUCUCUGUCUC